CGGCGGCGCCGGGAGAGGCCGGCGCGGAGGGGAAGGGGCUGGCGGCGGCGGCGGCGGCGGCGGCGGCGGCGGCGGCGGCCAAUGCGAAACUGGCUGGUGCUGCUGUGCCCCUGUGCGGUCGGGGUCGCGCUGCACCUCUGGCUGCUGCUCGGCUGCCCCAGCGGCCCCGGGAGGCAGGCGGCAGGUCCACUGGCCUUCUUUCCUCAGUGGAAGUUGAAACAUUAUGAUGUUGUUGUAGGUGUUUUGUCAGCCCGACACAAUCAUGAACUGCGCAGUGUUAUAAGGAACACUUGGUUCAAGCACUUGAAACGACAUCCUGCACUGAGCCAACGUGUCCUUGUGAAGUUUAUAAUAGGUGCGCAUGGUUGUGCUGUGCCAGUGGAGGACAGAGAAGACCCCUACUCCUGCAAACUUCUGAACAUCAGUAACCCAGCUUUGAAUCAGGAAAUUGAAGCAUUCAGUCUCCCUGAGGACGUACCUUCUGUGCUAUCUGAGGACAGAAUUGUCAGUGUGAACUUCCGUGUACUUUACCCCAUUGUCAUUACCAGUCUUGGGGUAUUUUAUGAGGCCGAUGGGGUGGGAUUCCAGAGGAACAUCACUGUCAAACUGUACCAGGCAGAACAUGAGGAAGCUCUCUUCAGUGCCCGCUUUAGCCCACCAAGCUGUGGAGUGCAAGUGAACAGGCUGUGGUACAAGCCUGUAGAGCAGUUCAUUUUGCCAGAGAGUUUUGAAGGCACCAUUGUGUGGGAAAGCCAGGAUCUUCAGGGUCUUGUUUCAAGAAACCUUCACAAAGUGACAGUGAAUGAUGGAGGGGGUGUUUUCAGGAUCAUUACGGCAGGGGAAGGGUCAUUGCCACAUGAACUCACAGAAGGUGUGGAGGGUAUAGCAGGUGGUUUUAUCUACACUAUUCAAGGUGAUGCUCUUUUAAAAAGCCUCCAUACUCGCCCAGAAAGGUUUACAAGUCACUUAAAAAGUCUUGAAAGAGAAGAUACUUUACUGAAGGAAGAAAGCAGUACCUACGAUGAUAUUGUUUUUGUAGAUGUUAUUGACACUUACAGAAAUGUUCCAGCCAAACUGCUGAACUUCUACCGAUGGACAGUUGAAACAACAAGCUUUGACUUGUUGCUGAAGACGGAUGAUGACUGUUACAUUGAUUUGGAGGCUGUUUUUAAUAGGAUAAUGCAGAAGAAAUUGGACAGGCCAAACAUCUGGUGGGGAAAUUUCAGACUAAAUUGGGCAGUUGAUCGAACUGGGAAGUGGCAAGAGUUGGAGUACCCAAGUCCUGCGUAUCCAGCCUUUGCUUGUGGGUCUGGCUAUGUCAUCUCCAAAGACAUCGUUCAGUGGCUGGCAAGCAACGCAGAAAGAUUGAAGACUUACCAGGGUGAAGAUGUGAGCAUGGGCAUCUGGAUGGCAGCUAUAGGACCCAAGCGAUACCAAGACAGUCUCUGGUUGUGUGAGAAGGCAUGCGAGAGCGGCAUGCUGUCUUCCCCUCAGUAUUCUCCCCAGGAACUGAGAGAUCUCUGGAGAGUAAAGGAGCUGUGCGGAGAUCCUUGUAGAUGUGAGGAAAGAUGAGGGACUUGCCUUGGAAAACAGGGUAGCAUAUAAUAUGGACGGAAAGGUGUACAUCGGGAUUCCUUCUUGGAAUAAUACAGAAUAUUAAGGUAUCUUUUAGCGUUGGGUUUCAACUAAAGCGUAACAAUAUUUGCACAUCCCUUUUGAUAAUUACAAGUGGACUGAUACUAUUCCUUUUCUAUAGUAUAGAUGUUGAUCUGACAAAAACCAAAAUGUUUAAGAUAAACAGUUUCCUUUUUAUAUAAAGUCAAAGACCUACUUGUAAUUAAUAAAUGCACAUACGAAUGCCAACUAGCCUGUCUUUUGUAAAUUGAAGUACUACUGAUUUAACUCUGUAUAGAGCCGUACCAGGAUCCACUGGAGAGCUGUGCUUAGUACCAGGGCGUCUGGUAAGUCUUGCUGCAGCAGGUUCCGUGCAGUUUGUGGGGUUGCUCUCAUCUGUGCAGGGGCUGGGACAGCUAGGGUUUGGGAUUUGUUAGGUUUAGUUUGUUUAUACCAUUAUCAUUUUAGAUAUAUACAUAUAUUAAAAAAAAAUCAAAGUUUGCUUAUACCAAAUGUUGAAGUACUGCAAACUUAGCCUGAUUAAGAGGUUUUUCUGGUAGCUCAGUUAUUAUUAUGUAUGAAUUUGGUGGGACACAAGUGAAAGUAAAAUAAGAUUCAGGAACUGCACACUAAAGGAUGUAAACUAAGUAUCAAUGCCUUGCAGUAUGCUGAGAACUUACACUGUGUUACGUUAACUCUGCAGGUAGAAUUAAGGUUUGUCAGAUUUUGACCUUAAACACUCUAAGGCUGUGUAGAUACUUCUCCAAUUACCGCUGUUUUACACUUCUUUGCUUUAAGGUCUUUGGAAGUAGGUGAAAACAGUGCAAGCAGCCUCUUUCAGUGCAGCACUAAUUUUAUCCUAGAGCUAUUAUAAGUGAGGACAUCACAGCCAGAUUACGUUAUCAGUUCCAUACAAAUUCUCACCACUGCAGUGGGAAGGGAGUAUAAAAUACUGGCAAAAACCUUGAGUUUUAUUUAACUGAAGACUUUAAGCACUAUUUGGUAUCUCGUACAUAAGACACUUCAGUCAAAAGCAAAUGCCUUUGUAAAGAUUAAUUACUAAGUUUAGGGGCUGGGAGUAUUGUUGUAUAGCGCUCUGGUGCCACGAUGAAAUUCGUGUUCUCCCACAUGUGUUCAGGCACGUUAUACACGCUGUCUGCAGGCAGUCCGGAACUCUUCAGCAGUUCCCAUCUUGGUUUUGCCUUCAGUCUAUCAAGGGAGCUCCUUGUUACCACCGUACUAGCACACAGUCUCCAUUUUCUAUUGAGUAAAACUGCAAAGGCUUUAAGUCGUUGUCUAGUUCCACUUCUUUUCCUGCCAGCUAGAAUAAGAAAGGAAAAAAAAGAUUUCAGUUUAAGUCUUACCAGACCUCUGUUAAUGUAAACCAAAUUUAGAUCAGGCAGUUGCAGUCAGGGAGGAUCAGGCAUUGAAUCAGGUCCUACAUUAACAGCAGGAAGGCUGCCCUCCUUAAGUGAAAUCAAUUUCAUUAGGUAGUAUUUUAGAACAUGCUAUUGACCUUUAGCAGCAUGAAGUAUUUUGUUGCUGAAUUACCUAAUUUUAACUCACUUUAGAACUUUCGUAGGACAGUUUCAGUUCUGAACCUGGAAUUUUAAGUAGGCGAUAGAGCAAUCCUUUGACCCUUUGAAUAGUCAUGGACUCUGGAAAAGGGAAAGAAACCAAGUGGUUAGAAAAAUGCUGCUACCACUGAGCUGUAGCGAAGUACCGGUUAUUCAGCUAUACUUGCUCAUAGCAACAGUGAAAGGCUGUAUUGCUGCUUCAGUUCUAACACUGCAAUAAUGCAUUUUGUACCUGUAUGAUAACUGCUAAUGUCAAAUUGAAAAUGGUUCCAUCUCUGGUGGGUCAGACAGAAUAAGCUACUACAUUUGAAGUGUUUUGAUCCCACAUGCCAAAUUAAAAUGUUAUGGCUUCAUAAUUUACCUUUUUUGAGUUUGAAUUUGCUACACACUAAACUAAGUGACCUUUGGGACAUGCACCAGUCAGGUUCUGUCUGCUUGCGUCUGGUGACUGUUCCUUCAAGCUUUCUUACCAGGAAUUGGCUUUCCCAGCACAAAUAAAUGAAUGCCACCGUGGAACUAGUGCCAUUCUUAGAAAUAUUGCUACAUUAACUUGUCCCAACCAAAUUGCCAGCAGAGUUGUAUAGCGGUUUCUAUUAUGAAGUCAGUUACAUGGCAGGAUAUUUUUUGUAAUGGAUCUUGAAUGAGUAAAUGUAGUUUGUUCCAGAGGUGAUACCUGUGUUUGCAAUAGAUAUACUCAAUAUUUUGGUUGAACUUUUACUUCUUUUGAAGCUUUACCUAAAGGCACAGCAAUAGUGAGUUAUUCCUGUAAUACCACACAUUGUACUUAGACAAAUAUUUUUCUAUCAAACGUUUUUGUAAAAGCUGUAUCUGAUUUUAUGCAACUUGUGAUAAUAAAUGUGAUUUUUAUUUUAGAAUAAA